AAUAGUGUUAUCGAUGACAUUUUCAGCGCUACCCGCUGCAUCUUUUAUUUAAGUGUUUUCUUAUAAACAAUUCGUUUUUGUAUCAAUAUUCUGUGUUUUUGGUGUAGUGAGUGUAUAAAUUAAAGAGCAUUAAUAAGCAUUACAAAUAUAGCGCACAAAUAAGCACAGUACAAUAAACCAUAUAUCAAGCAAUCAUUAUCGACAGACGGCGUAGCUCGACAAAAUGCCGAGUGAAAUAAUUACGCUGCAGUUGGGACAAUGCGGGAAUCAAAUUGGCUUUGAGUUUUGGAAGCGACUGUGCUUGGAGCAUGGCAUCUCGCCGAGUGGCGUGCUGGAAGAAUUUGCCACCGAUGGCAUGGACCGCAAGGACGUGUUCUUUUAUCAAGCAGAUGAUGAUCAUUAUAUUCCGCGUGCAGUGUUGCUGGACUUGGAGCCGCGUGUUAUUAACUCCAUUAUGACAUCAGCUUAUUCAAAGCUCUAUAAUCCUGAGAACGUUUACCUGUCCAAGCAUGGCGGCGGUGCCGGCAAUAACUGGGCAUCUGGCUACAGUCAAGGCGAAAAACUGCAGGAGGAAAUCUUUGAUAUCAUUGAUCGCGAGGCAGAUGGCAGUGAUUCGUUGGAGGGAUUCGUUCUUUGUCAUUCAAUUGCAGGAGGCACUGGCUCGGGAAUGGGCUCAUUUUUAAUGGAACGCCUGGCAGAUCGCUAUCCCAAGAAGCUCAUUCAAACGUACAGCGUGUUUCCAAAUCAAGAUGAAAUCAGUGAUGUUGUUGUGCAACCAUACAACUCGAUGUUGACUCUACGCCGUUUGACCACCGCUGCGGACAGCGUUGUCGUAUUGGAUAAUACCGCAUUGAAUCGCAUUGCUUGCGACCGCUUGCAUUUACAGAAUCCUACAUUUACCCAAAUCAAUACUCUAGUCUCGACUAUCAUGAGCGUCAGCACAACGACUCUACGUUAUCCGUCAUAUAUGAAUAAUAAUCUCAUUGGGCUAACAGCACCAUUAAUACCAACACCUCAGCUCCACUUCUUGAUGACGGGCUACACGCCAUUGACCAGUGACUCUAACGUCAGUAAUCAAGCUGUUAAUGUGCGCAAGACAACUGUGCUGGAUGUGAUGCGGCGUCUGCUGCAACCAAAGAAUAUGAUGGUUUCCACGGGUCCGGACAAGACCAAUCAGCACUGUUACAUAUCCAUAUUAAACAUCAUACAGGGUGAAGUGGAUCCCACCCAGGUGCACAAAUCGUUGCAGCGCAUACGAGAGCGCAAACUGGCGCAAUUCAUACCGUGGGGACCAACUUCUAUACAGGUAGCGCUUUCACGCUCUUCACCUUAUGUACAGAGUAGCCAUCGUGUAUCGGGCUUAAUGUUGGCCAAUCACACAAGCAUUUGCUCACUGUUUGAACGAACAUUAAAUCAGUAUGAUAAACUGCGCAAGCGUGGCGCUUUUCUGGACCAGUUUCGUCGAGAAGACAUAUUCAAGGAUGAUUUGAGUGAAUUGGAUGAGUCCCGGGAGAUAGUUGAUGCCCUUGUCCAGGAGUAUGAGGCAGCCACACGCAGUGACUACUUGCAAUUUUCGGCUAAUAAACGUGAUCCUAGACAUGAUGGUGGAAAUGAGGAUGUCAAGUCAUUGAACUCAAAUAUCUGAACAAUUAACAUUUGAUUGUGCCAUUUACGUCCCAUGGUCAAGAAACAAUGAAAUUCAAACUUGCUCGAAUAUACAAAUUAUUUUGUUGACACGCAAGGAUUCAAAAUCCUUUAAGUAAUUAAACACCAUAAAUUUUUUUAAGUGUCGUAUCUUCUUACAUAUGUACGUAUGUAAUGCUGUUAGUACAGUGUCUAUGUAUUUGGCAAUGAUAAAAGUAUGUUUGCGUUUGCACAUUUGUUCUUCUUGUGCUAAUAAAAGUGUUUUAAAAAAAAAUAAAAGUUUUAAAUAU